AUGUUCUGGGUCACUGGCAGAGGCCUUGAGAACCUCCAAACGUUCCUUCUCCUUUUUUCGGAAUGUCGCAUCGGCGUUCAGCGGCAGAUCUUCCAGCGGCACCCCCUCUGGCUCGGGAUUCAAGAACUGGCGGUUCUCAUUGAGGAAUGCUUUUGCCAUAUCUUUCACACGACCAAUCAUAAGCUGCUCCACCGCAUGAAGCGCCUCCAGAUUUUUGCCCUUCGCCAUUGCCUUCUUCAGUUGACGACGUUUAACCGCAAGCUCGUUGAACUCUUGGUCUGUAUUAAGCGGCAAUUCUUCCAGCGGUACGCCCUCCGGUUCAGGGUCGAGGAACUGACGGUCCUUUGCGAGGACGGCCCUGGCAAGCUCAUGUGCGCGGUCGUUCAUGGCCGCCUCCAGCACCUCCAGUUUCUUCGGUGA